AUAUUAUAACACUGUACUGUUCAGUACUGCCGUGUAAUUAUCGUACAAUCACAACCCAAGAUCACCUGUGACAGAAUACAGGGUGGUUGUCUGACGGGAGUUGUGGUCGCGAGGAGCGUAUGGUUGGAUAUUGUCUCUGCAAAGUUUUGCAGGAAUUUAAAGAACCUUUUUAACCUGUUAACGGAUGGCUGGAAUUGAUGUGAAACCAGUGUCGUCCAGCGCGGACUUUUUGGACAACACCAGGCCCAUCAUUAACGCCAAGACCACGUACACUUCUAUGAACGAGUGGAGAGACAUGGUCCACGAGGGGGGCGUGGCACACCCGGUCGUCCCCCAAACCCUCACAGACGCCAGAUGGAGUCAUUUGAAAGAUAUGGACUCCGAGAGACGCAAGAACAUGGGGCAGAAGGCCCAAUUGGAGUUCAGACGCGCCUACAGUGAUCUCACCUCUAAGAUAGCCUACAUUCACCCUAACCCAGGUCUACCCAGAACGAGACAGGGUCGUAUUGGAGGAACAUGGCGUCACAUCAAAGAGGUCCUCGGUCAUAGCGGCAACAGGACGGUGUUUGUGGAUGGUCUGGUGGGUGUGUACGACAGCGAGUUCAACAAUUCCCUUCAGGCAGAGAUUCCUCAUCGACCACAUCUCGCAAACCCUUGCUAUGCCCCGCUCUCGCGAGAUCUGGAUAGCUACCACCAGCGGGAUCUCAGUACAAUGCAGAGAUCAGGAUACGUUCCGUCGUUCGGGCAAAAUCUGCCGAGUGUGCCGAGAGUGGGGAUGGUAUCCAGCUCAGAUCCAGAUGUGCUGAGGAAGAUGAGCCUUCAGAGCCAGCACAAAUACAAGGGAGUGUACAAAUACAAAUAAUAUCGUGGCACUUAGCGUGCAUAAAAUUGCUUGGCAACCAGUGGAGCAAUGUUAUAUUGAUGUAUGAAAAUGAAAAUGAAAAUGAAAAUGAAAUUAGUUUUUAUGAUUUAUCGAAAUCGCAAAUGUUGAAAUUAUAAAGGUCUAGUGUUCAUCGUAAAUUAUCAUCUUCAGUUUAAUUUUAUUGUUUCUUUACUUCCGAAAAUUCAUAUUUGAUAGAAUUGUAUUUGGAAAUAAGAUUACCUCUAAAUGUGCAGUUAGUUGGACCGGAUAUAUAUUUAGAGGUAGCAAUCGAACAUUACCUAAAGCCUGACAACCUAAAGUAACACGUGACUUGAGUACGUCACAAUGGAAUUACCAUUCAGCACAGAAUACCUGUGAAAUCCCUACUAUUAAAAACGUGUAAGAGUAAAAAGCGCGUCACAAAUAGCGCGAAAAUGUUAGCCUCGUUGAUGCAUGUCUGUUGUGUAAAAUCAUCAUUCCAAGCUGUGAUAAGUUAACCACUGAUGAAAGUCUUUUAGUCAAAUAAACUAUUGUUAGUUGAUGGAGUAUAAUGUACAUGUAUUGAAAUUUUACGAAGCAGUAUUAUUCUAUGUAUAUCUUGAAACAGUAUUAUGUUUUGUUUAUGGUUGUGUUUGUUCAAUGUGUAUAUACUAUUUAUAUAUUAUGUUUAAUUUGGGUAGGAUAAUUCGUGGUGAUGUUUAAUAUUCAUUGUCAGGUUCGUGUUUUGUGCGAGUAUAUUUGUGAAAUAAACCCAUGACAACCAUACGACCCACUGUUUCUCUUUUUGUGUGCUCUGAAAGUCUGUCCCCAUUUGGGGAUUUAGGGUUAGAAUAGUUUCCCAACAAC